GUUUAAUCCAGUUUGGGUGAAAGGGGGUCCAGGGUCACUAGAAGCUACAACAGUGACUGGCAACAAAAAAUUAUUAAUGGUUUCCAGGAAAAACCAUGGCCUCGGGCAAAGUUAAGACCAUGAGAGAGGAAGCCACCUGACUGAUCUGCCUAGAGCUGAUGACUGAGCCAGUGAAAAACUGUUGACACAUCUACUGCCAUUCAGGCUUAUUAGAAAAUCUUGAGAACCAGAAAAUGAAGUCACCUUUCUGGGGAAACUUCCAGUGUCCUGUAUGUAGGGCACAGUUUCAAAGGGAGAGCAUCUGGCCCAGUAAGCAGCUAGGAAACCGCACUGACACAAUUAAGAUGGCGGAGCAGGAACAUCUGUGUGAGGAUCACAGAGAGAAGCUCAGCCUGUUCUGUGAAGAUGAUGGUCAGCUCAUCUGCUGGUGUUGUGAGCGGACAAAACAGCACAAAGGGCAAACCACCAUCCUUGCUACAGAUGCCUGUCAAGGCUACAGGAUUUCCAGGAAAAAACAUGGCCUCAGGCAGAGCUAAGAAAAUGAAAGAGGAAGCCACCUGCCCCAUCUGCCUGGAUUUGAUGACUGAGCCAGUGAUCAUAGACUGUGGACACAUCUACUGCCAUUCUUGCAUAUUAGAAAAUGUUGAGAAACAGCAACAGAAGUCACCAUCACUGGGAAUCUUUGAGUGUCCUGUAUGUCGGGCACAGUUUCAGAGAGAGAGUAUCCGUCCCAGUAAGCAGCUAGGAAACCUCAUUGAUACAAUUAAGAUGAUGGAGCAUGAACUUUUGUGUGAAGAACAUGGAGAGAAACUCUUCCUGUUCUGUAAAGAUGAUGGUCAGCUCCUCUGCUGGUGCUGUGAGCGGUCAGCACACCACAAAGGGCACACCACAGUCCUUGCUGAAGAGGCCUGUCAAGGAUACAAGGAAACAUUCGGGGAAAUUUUGACAAACCUGAGGGAGCAAGAAGUUAAAAACAAGGAAUGGCAACAGAAAAUCAGAGAAAAAAUUACAAAAGUUAAGUCUGAAACUCUGGAUGAAGAAAGUUCUAUAGAGUAUGACUUUAAGAUAUUGCAGAUGAUACUAUACAUGGAGGAGAAAUCUUAUCUACGGAGACUGGAGAAUAGAAAAGAGGAAUUUCUGAAGAAUCUGCAGGACAGUGAAGCCAAGCUGGAGAAGCAAAGCCAGGAACUGAACAAACACAUCCUGGAACUGGAGAGGAAAUGUCAGGGCUCAGCCCAGCAGUUACUACAGGAUGUGACAGACACUUUGGAGAGGAUUUCUGCUCUGAAGUUAAAUGCACAAGAGGGUAUCUCAUUGGAUAUUUAUCCUGGGACUAAAUAUAGAAGCCAUUUCCAUACAUUCAUAAAAAUGUUCGAGAUUGCUUAUGUUAAAGUAACUCUUGAUCCAGAUACAGCUCACAAUAACCUACUUGUGAACAAGAAAAAGAACAAGGUGACUAGUGGAUCACCUCAAGUGAAGCAUGAGACUCCUGCUAGGUUUAAAGACUUACCAUGUGUCCUGGGAUGUGAGACCAUCACCUCAGGAAAAAAAUUCUUUGUACUAUAUGAUGUAGAAGGACCUGAGUGGGAUGUUGGAGUUUGUCGGGAAAAUGUGUCAAGAGACAAUGACAUGAAACGGGAUCCUGAGUCUGGAUUCUGGGCCAUCAGACAUACCAAAGGUGGUAGCUUUGUAGCUCUUACACAUCCCCUAACUCCUCUUUCUUUGGUGGAUGUUUUUAACAUAGGGGUUUUUGUGGACUAUGAGGACGGAUUUGUCUCCUUUUAUGAUGUGCCAACUAAAUCCCACAUCUUCACUUUCCCAAAGGCCUCUUUCUCUGAGCCUAUCAGGCCUUAUUUCAGUAUUGGUAAAGAUUCUACUCUGUGCACAUGAGUACCAUAAGUUGAAGAAAAAUCGUAAGAAAAAGAUUUUUGAGAUUUGUAAGAAAAAUAGCACAAUAUCCUUAUGCUUGUAUCCAGUUUAAAGAAAUAUGAUUCAAAUUCUGUGACUGUAGAAAUCUUGGUUGUUUUCUUCACUGUUCCCAUAACCCAGAAAGAUGCUAAGCUUAGUACUUACCUAGUAGAUUUUCAUUAAAUGAGUGAUUAUAAAGACUCUAAGCAAGUGAUAAUUUCCUCUAAAUCAGAAAUGCUUUAGAGGGAAGUUACUUAGUUGCAAAGACCAUACACUGUCCUGCUUACCAAUCUUCAGUCAAUAUAUUUUUAUGAAAAUAAUCUAUAGCCUACCUAAGUUCCCAUCACUGAUUUCUUCUAAGUUAAUAAAAUUCUUUCCUUCGAGUGUGAGUGUGCUGAAACAAUCCCCAUUCAAUGUUCCUUGCAGUGUCUUUUGCAAAUGUUGGGAGAGUAUUGUCAGGACUAAAGUAGUUAAUCCCAGAUUCUAGGAGAGGUGUAUAUGUCCACAAGAGUAAAUACAAACUUAAGUCAAAAAAUAAAAAAUAUAGAGUUUCUUAGAGAACAGUAUUUACUUAAGAUCCAAGUAUACAGAUUGCACACAUUUCUGGGAUACAAAAAAUCAGGUAGUAGGCGACUAAUACUCAAGACAGGAGAAAUGAGGAUCAGGCAGACUAAUAUAUGAUUGGAAGCUUGUCACAAGUUUGUGGGAAUUGUGGGUAUGAGUGGGGAUUGUAGGACAGAGAAGAGACCACUGUGACAAUAAUAGUUGGAGAUGAUUAGUCUGGAUGCCAGAAAGUUCCGAUAACCUUUCACUAUCUGUAUUGCAAACCAUAAUACCCAAAAGAAAAGUGAGGGAAAGCCAGAGAGAAGGAGAAGGAGGAGGAGGAGAAAGACGAGGAGGAAGAGGAAGAGGAAGAGGAGGAGAAAGAAAAGGAAGAGGAGGAGGAAGAGGAGGAACAUAGGAAGAGGAAGAAGAAGAAGAAGAAAAGAAGGAGAAGGAGAAGGUGAAGGAGAGGGAGA